CACACAUCGUCUAAACAGCCUAUAAACUAUAAACAAACUUUCCGAUGGACUGAAAUUUUAAAUACAUGUUUUAUAUUAAUAUUUCCACCGAAAAAACACGACAAACUAAUUGUACAAAUAACAAUAUAUACAUUUUAUAGAAGCACUGAAGAGUUUUGACGAAGUUCCAUCAGGUAAAAAUGAAGUUUUAAAUUUAUUUCACUAGAAAUAAUUAAUCGCGUCAACGUAACAUAAUUAAAUAAAUUAUAAGUUUAAGGUAUCGCAACGCUUAGCAAUUAAUCAAUUAAGAUUGAUAAAUAAAUAGUAGGCCUAUUGACUGAAUAUUUAAUCAUGUAAAGGCGUUAAUUUGUAAGCUUGCAAAGAUUCAGCUCAGGGAUGUCUGAUACUGAUAUUGUUGUGACCAACAAAUAGAAAUGCUGGAGACGAAAUGUCAUGACCCAUACCAUGCUUGUCUUCUCCCUGUGAAAUUUAAAUUGAGAUUUAUUUAGAAUAGAUCUAGUUAAUUUAGUCACAAAUUAGUAAAUUCAAUUUCAAGCUUUCCUCAGCUUUCGGCUUUCCUGCUCUUGAGUGUUCCGGGAAGUUUUUUAAAAUCAGUUUUACUCUUUACCUGUAUUAUCUCAGCUUACAUUUUAGUAGGGUGUAGGAGUGUAAUGUCAUAGACAUAAGUAUACUAUACUAUAACUAUAGCUUAACUACAGCAAAAAUUGAUAGUACAAAUAGCAUGUGACUGUGAGAAACCUGGCAUGUUCUGCUUGGUAUUUUUUUUUGAGUUUGACCCUCUAGUAUAUUACCUAUAAGUACAGUACCGCCUUCCAGCAUUAUCAUAUAUCUUUUUCAAAAAAAUCCUCCUCUGCUUCAAUAGGCUUUACAAAUAAUUAAAUGGAAACAAUGGAUCAAUAAGCAUAGGCCUACUUAUAGCUUUUUGCAAAGUAUAAUAAUGUAUUAAUACACUUUAUACACAUUAUGGGUAGAAACUUCAAUAUAUAUAUUUUAUUUUAAAAUCUUCAGCACUUUUAUUUUAAAAUGAAGCAAGAACCACAGACUCAAGAAGAUCGUACGUUUUUACGUGAGAGGUUUCUACGCAUGCUUGGUUAUCUGAAUGGCACACAAGCCCAUGUUUCAAUGCAAGAGAAGACCAAAGUCAGCUGCAAAUUAGCCGCUGCCGAUGUUGAUUUCCAUCACAUUCAUGUCACAAACUUGGGAACUCCAAUGGGAAUCAUUCCCAAAGCUACACUUCGCACCUCUGACAUUAUCUCAAUUGAUCUGCCGAAUGUGGAUGUUUCGAAGAAAACAUAGGUCGGAUCAUUUUCAUUCCAAUCAAGUAAGAUAUUUCCUACUUUCCAUAUGCAAACUAUUAAAAUUUUUAUUGAAUAAUUGUCUAAGCUAAUUUUUAAAACUUUAGUACAAAGUAAAGAAUCUAGAAUGUAUAACCAAUUUUAAAAAGUUUUGAAUACCUGUAACCAGUUUAUUAUUUUUCUCAAGCAGGUAAUAAAGCUUUGAGCUCAUAUUCUAGAACAAUUUGUUCUUGAGCCAGUGAGAUGUUUCAUUUGAGUGAGAAUGUCAUGGAGCAUCACCACCUUAAUACAAGUUGUUGUACAAGUUGUUGUAUUCCUAGCAGGACUUGAGGAAAAUAAAACGUGGCAUCUCUGUAAGACAUCCCGUUGAACAAACUUGCUGCAGAAACCACCUUGGAUAUUGAAAAGCCUAUCACUAUUUAUUUUUUUAUCAUUUUUAAUGUGUAACAUUAUGAAAUACAAAUGUUUCAUUGGAGAUUUUAACUUUUGAAUGUCAUUGAUUGAGUUAUUUAAAAAACAAUUUUUUUUUCAAUUAAAAAUCAAGUAUAUUUAAUUAUCAAAUGCAGUUGGCCACUUAUUUUAAAAAUAUAACUAUUCUUUUUAAAAUAUUUUGGACCAGUAAUUUAAAUGAAAAUCGUGGUCAAGGAUUAAAAUCUUAUGAUUACAGUUUGUAAAUUAGAUCAGUUUUUAAAAUUUUAAAAAUUAACACUUAUUUAUUUAUUUAUUUAGGCAUUUUUGUAUAGCGCUUACCUUACAGCUCUAAGCACUUUACAAUUACCAGAGAGUCUUUGUAUUGCUUGAUAGUUAUAUAACAUAUAAUUAUGACAUUUUAUUCUGAAGUAAUUUUCAACAUUUGCUAUUUUUUAUACCCAUCAUGCCACAUGAUUAGUGUGAAGUAUAUUUAUUUUAAAUCAUUUUAAAAGAUUUGAUGAAAGACAAAAAGUUUAUGUAGAUUUCCAGAGUAAUGGUUAAAAAUGUGGUUUACAGAUGACUUUGACACCGAAACAUUUCAGGCUAAUAAUACUAAUAAUGUUAAUGUUAGCUCUGAAAUUGAGAUUUGAAUUUAUUUUUAAAAGUAUUAGUAUUUUGCAAAAGGAACAACACAAUUCAAAUCUUCAUAACACAUAGAACAUUUUGUAGUUGAUUUUUUAUUUCAAAGUGAAAUUGAGUCCUGCCAUUUGAGUCCCAAGAUUACAUAUUGAAAUUUGAACAUAACAACUUUUGUUUGUAACUGCAGUUUUAUUCGUAGAAAAUAUUCUAAAACCAGAAAGGACCAGAAAACUGGUGUUAAAUAAAAUAAAGUGUUAAAUAUAAUUGAUUUCUUUAUAGAAUAAUCUUUUUUUUUUGUACAAUAACUUUGAAAUCUUCUUAAUCUUACAAUUUUAGUGUAUGUGCUAUCACAGGUUUUUGGCUUGUAUCAUACAUGAAUCUUAAUGAUUUUAUUUUACCAACACCAUAUGAAUUCAAAAAAUGCUUUUGUUUGAUAACAAUUUUUUUUUAAUAUGGCGUGUGUUUUCUUCAAAUUGAUUAUUUGAGUUUAUCCAAGAAAAAUUGUAUAAACUGCACACAUGGUUAAAAAGCAGGUUUGUAACCUAGUGUUAAUAAGAGAUCGAAAUAGUUACAACAUUAAUGAUGUCAUUAACUACUGUACGAAAAAUGUACAACAAAUUUAAAAUGUUAAUGUUAAAAAAAGAUGAGUAAAUUCUGAGAACCCCAUGCACAAAUUAAAUGUAAAUCUCAUAAUGUAAAUAUUUUAAAACGAUUUCAAUUUCAGCCAGUUGUUUCUUGUUCAACUUAUUUGCAGCUUAUUUAAAUUUAAAACCAUUUUGUAAUUUUUGCUUUUGUUUUAAACAUUUGCUAGUUGACAUUUUCAUUUUUAAAGAUAAUUAAUUAUUACCUCAUUUUAAGUAUUAUUGAAAUAUUAUUGAAUGCAAAAUUUUAACAUUUUGAGAUUUUGGUACACUAUAAAAAGGCAUCAUGAUUAUAAUUUGUAAGGAGCAAGGUAUUUUCGUCUGAAUGUAAUUUUUACCCUGGCAUAAGAAAUUAUUAUUUUGAAAGUAUCCCGAGUAUCAAAGCUCAAAUUUAAAAAAAAAUAAUAUAUUAAUAAAAGAAACUUUUUUAAAACCUUUUUUGUUUUUUGUUUUUGUUUUUUGGAGAAGCAAUAAAAUGUCAUGAAAAAUAAAAUCACCCUCUGUCCUUUGUCAUCUUUCAUAUGCCUUGAUUCCUACAUCCUCUUGUCUCUGUUACUUGCAACAAAGCGAAUUGUUAUUUUUAGUUUAAAUAAUCAAUUCAUUAAAAUUUGGAAAUUCUUUUGACAAGAGUAAACUUUUAAUUUAAAAAAUCUUGCUGCCCUUCAAACUGAUUACUGAAACUAUUGAGUUUCUCCUCUUGUUAAAAUCAAUUUCGAAAUCGCAAAUACUCAUCAUUUAUUUUUCAUUUUUUAAAAUUUUAAAGAAAUAUGAAUGAAUCAUAUCUAGAAAAUUUAAUCAUGUGUGCGCCUAGUUAUAAUCUGCAUUAUGUCAUUAAGAAUAACUACAUAAUUAUGUACCGGUACAUCAUGUUUUGGGUGUUUAUUAGACGCACAAUCAAAAUGGCAGUGGAAGCCACAUUGGUUGGCCACCCCUGAUUAAAAGUAACAAAGAUGGCCUACAAAAUUAGUUUAUGAUUUAACAUGACUCUUGUCGUCUGUCUUAGCAGUGACUUUAAUGGCAUGACGACAUUUAAAUGAUGAGUAAGCAGUUUACUAAAAGGAAUGCUUCAGAAUGAAAAUAAAACAAAGACAAUGUUUGGAAUGCAGGUCAUUAUUGUAAAAGGAAUGAUAUGUCAAUAGAGUGAAAAACAUUAACUGUCGUAUCAUUGUUUGGUUUUUCAACAAAAAAAUUAGGAAAAAGAUGAUAAAUUGAAAAUUUAAAAGAUAACUUUCCAAUCAACAGAGUUAUGUUUCAGGACUCUUUGUUUUAUAAAAAAUUGAAAAUGAAAAAAAAAAAAUCAUUAACAAUUAUGUGGCAACUUAAGUUAAUUUAAAAUAUGUGCCAUGAA